AUGCUCUUCACUCGAUCUCUCCGUCUUUCGUGCACAGCUUUACGACCGAUAAGGCCUCGCCCAAGAUUCUUUUCAGCUCUCGGUCCGCGCUACUCUAUCGAGAUGGGUACCGUAGAUACCACUGAACGCUUGUCCAAGCUGCGGCAGUUGAUGCAGCAGCACAAGGUGGAUGUGUACAUUGUUCCUUCGGAAGACAGCCACCAGUCCGAGUACAUUGCACCAUGUGAUGCCCGACGAGAAUUCAUUUCUGGAUUCUCUGGAUCUGCGGGCACUGCGAUCAUUUCCCUGAGCAAAGCUGCUCUCUCAACCGACGGGCGAUACUUCAACCAAGCCGCGAAGCAAUUGGAUAACAACUGGCAGCUUCUGAAGCGUGGGGUGGAAGGCGUGCCCACAUGGCAAGAAUGGUCUCUUGAGGAGGCCCAGGGAGGCAAGGCUGUUGGCGUUGACCCCUCUCUCAUUACGGCGUCUGGCGCACGCAAGCUUGCAGAGACUCUCGAGAAGAAUGGCUCAACGCUCGUUGGAGUUCAAGAAAACCUGGUCGAUCUGGUAUGGGGCAAGGACCGCCCUGCACGCCCCAGUGAGAAAGUGCGCGUUCACCCUGCGAAGUAUGCCGGUAAAACCUUCCAGGAGAAGGUGUCUGAGCUGCGCAAGGACCUCGAGUCCAGGAAGAAGGCCGGGUUUAUCAUUUCCAUGCUUGAUGAAAUCGCUUGGUUGUUUAACUUGAGAGGAACUGACAUCCCGUACAAUCCUGUGUUUUUCUCAUACGUCUUGAUCACACCCACCACAGCUGAGAUCUAUGUUGAGGAAGACAAAUUGACCCCAGAAGUCAAGGCCCACCUCGGACAAGAUGUUAUCAUUAAGCCAUACGACUCCAUCUUUGCUGAUGCCCAGGCUCUCGCUGUCCGAGGCCAAGCCGCUGGCGAGAAUGCUGAAAAGUUUUUGCUGUCUAACAAAGCUUCUUGGGCUCUGAGCAUCAGUCUCGGUGGUGAAGCUCAAGUUGAAGAGACUCGCAGUCCCAUCUCAGAUGCAAAGGCUGUCAAGAACGAGGCCGAGCUGCAGGGCAUGCGGGCUUGCCAUAUCCGUGAUGGCGCUGCCUUGACUGAAUACUUUGCUUGGUUAGAAAACGAACUUGUUAACAAGAAGACUGUCCUGGAUGAAGUUGAUGGUGCUGACAAGCUUGAGCAAAUUCGCUCCAAGCAUGAGCUUUUCGCCGGUCUUUCUUUUGAUACCAUCUCUUCGACGGGGCCAAACGGUGCUGUCAUUCACUACAAGCCCGAGAAGGGAAGCUGUUCCAUCAUUGACCCCAAUGCUAUCUAUCUCUGCGACUCAGGUUGUCAAUAUUAUGAUGGAACCACUGAUACUACCCGAACUUUCCAUUUCGGCACACCCACCGAAUUUGAGAAGCGCACUUUCACUCUGGUUCUGAAGGGCACCAUUGCAAUUGACAUGGCGGUUUUCCCCAAGGGAACUAGUGGUUUCGCCAUCGACAUCCUGGCCCGCCAGCACUUGUGGAAAGAGGGUCUGGACUUCCUCCACGGAACAGGCCACGGUGUUGGAUCCUACCUGAACGUGCACGAAGGUCCCAUCGGCAUUGGCACUCGGGUUCAAUACACCGAAGUCCCCAUUGCGGCUGGAAAUGUUAUCUCCGAUGGUUCGCAUACCUUCUUUCAUUUGAAUAUUAAAUCACAACUAACGUAUCGUAUAGAACCUGGAUAUUAUGAGGAUGGCAAGUUCGGAAUUCGGAUCGAGAGUAAGCCUUCUCCUCGGAAAUUGACUUCAUACAAUACUGAUUUCUUAUUCGCAGACGUUGUUAUGUGCCGCGAGGUGCAGACCCCCCAUAACUUUGGUGACAAGCAGUGGUUAGGCUUUGAGCAUGUUACAAUGACCCCCAUUGGUCGCAACUUGAUUGAACCAUCGCUCUUGAGUGAUGCCGAGCUCAAGUGGGUAAACGACUAUCACGCCGAGAUCUGGUCGAAGACAGAGCACUUCUUCCAGGCCGAUGAUCUGACUCGCUCAUGGCUUGAACGUGAGACUCAGCCCAUCUCCAAAUAA